CUCGCUCGUUCGCUCGCGGAGCCCGCCGCGCGCGGCCCGGCUCUAGGCUGCCCGCAGCUCCGGCUCCCGGCGCGGUGCUCUGGCGCGGCUCGGGCUCUGGAGGACGGGACCGCGCGACUGGCCCGCCCAGCUCCGGGCGGCGGCCGAAGCAGGGCCCGGGAUGGCACUCUCCGUGACAGAGCUCAUUAUCUUCUCCCUCCUGCAAACUGCCCUGUCCCUGAACCCCGAGGACCCCAAUGUGUGCAGCCACUGGGAGAGCUAUGCCAUGACCGUCCAGGAAUCAUAUGCACACCCCUUCGACCAGAUCUACUACACGCGAUGCACGGACAUCCUCAACUGGUUCAAGUGCACCAGGCACCGGAUCAGCUAUAAGACGGCAUAUCGGCGUGGCCUCCGGACCAUGUACCGGCGCAGGUCCCAGUGCUGCCCUGGCUACUACGAGAAUGGGGACUUCUGCAUACCCCUGUGUACGGAGGAGUGUGUGCAUGGCCGCUGCGUUUCCCCGGACACCUGCCACUGUGAGCCUGGCUGGGGAGGGCCUGACUGUUCCAGCGGCUGUGACAGCGACCACUGGGGCCCCCACUGCAGCAACCGGUGCCAGUGCCAGAAUGGAGCCCUGUGCAACCCCAUCACGGGCGCCUGCGUGUGUGCCGCCGGCUUCCGCGGCUGGCGCUGCGAGGAGCUCUGCGCGCCCGGCACCCACGGCAAGGGCUGCCAGCUGCCGUGCCAGUGCCGCCACGGAGCCAGCUGCGAUCCCCGCACCGGCCAGUGCCUCUGCGCCCCGGGCUACACCGGAGUCUACUGUGAGGAGCUGUGCCCCCCUGGGAGCCAUGGGGCUCACUGUGAGCUGCGCUGUCCCUGCCAGAAUGGGGGCACCUGCCACCACAUCACAGGAGAAUGUGCCUGCCCCCCAGGCUGGACGGGAGCAGUGUGUGCCCAGCCCUGCCCACCGGGGACGUUCGGCCAGAACUGCAGCCAAGACUGUCCUUGCCACCACGGAGGGCAGUGUGAUCACGUGACCGGGCAGUGCCACUGCACGGCUGGCUACAUGGGGGACAGGUGCCAAGAGGAAUGCCCCUUCGGGACCUUCGGCUUCCAGUGCUCACAGCGCUGUGACUGCCACAACGGGGGUCAGUGCUCGCCCACCACCGGAGCCUGCGAGUGUGAGCCUGGCUACAAAGGCCCGCGCUGCCAGGAGCGGCUAUGCCCCGAGGGACUACAUGGCCCAGGCUGCACCUUGCCUUGCCCCUGUCAUGCUGACAACACCAUCAGCUGCCACCCAGUCACUGGGGUGUGCACCUGCCGGCCAGGCUGGUCUGGCCACGACUGCAACGAGUCCUGCCCCGCUGGCUCCUACGGCAAUGGCUGCCGGCUGCCUUGCACCUGUCAGAACGGCGCUGACUGCCACAGCAUCACUGGGAGCUGCACGUGUGCGCCGGGCUUCAUGGGAGAGGACUGUGCAGUUCCAUGUGCCACAGGAACCUAUGGCCCCAACUGCUCGUCUCUCUGUGGCUGUAACAACGGUGGUACCUGCUCCCCCGUGGAUGGCUCCUGCACCUGCAAGGAAGGGUGGCAAGGCCUGGACUGCACCCUGCCGUGUCCCAGCGGGACGUGGGGCCUGAACUGUAACGAGAGCUGCGCCUGCGCCAACGGGGCAGCCUGCAGCCCCGCAGAUGGCUCCUGCUCGUGCACUGCCGGCUGGCUCGGAGACACCUGCGAACUGCCCUGCCCAGAUGGCACAUUUGGGCUGAACUGCAGUGAGCGCUGUGACUGCAGCCACGCGGAUGGCUGCGAUCCUGUCACGGGCCACUGCUGCUGUCUUGCCGGAUGGACAGGCAUCCGAUGUGACAGCAUGUGUCCGCCUGGUCGCUGGGGUCCCAACUGCUCCGUCUCCUGCAGCUGCGAGAACGGCGGGUCCUGCUCCCCAGAGGAUGGGAGCUGCGAGUGUGCCCCUGGCUUCCGAGGAACCUUAUGCCAGAGAAUCUGCCCCCCUGGGCUCUAUGGCCAUGGCUGUGCCCAGCCGUGUCCCCUCUGCGUGCACAGCAGUGGGCCCUGCCACCACAUCAGCGGCAUCUGUGAGUGCCUCCCAGGAUUCUCCGGAGCCCUCUGCAACCAAGUGUGUGCUGGAGGGCACUUUGGGCAGGACUGUGCCCAGCUCUGCUCCUGUGCCAACAAUGGGACCUGCAGCCCCAUCGAUGGCUCCUGCCAGUGCUUCCCUGGAUGGAUUGGCAAGGACUGCUCACAGGCUUGCCCACCAGGGUUCUGGGGCCCCGCCUGCUUCCACACAUGUAGCUGCCACAAUGGGGGGAGCUGCAGCGCUGAGGAUGGAGCUUGCCACUGCACCCCUGGCUGGACUGGACUCUUCUGCACGCAGCGCUGCCCUGCAGCGUUUUACGGGAAGGACUGUGGGCGUGUGUGCCAGUGUCAGAACGGCGCCAGCUGUGACCACAUCAGCGGCAAGUGCACCUGCCGCACGGGCUUCACCGGGCGACACUGUGAGCAGAGAUGUGCCCCAGGAACCUUUGGCUAUGGGUGUCAGCAGCUGUGCGAGUGCAUGAACAAUGCCACCUGUGACCACGUCACUGGCACCUGUUAUUGCAGCUCUGGAUUCAAAGGAAUCCGGUGUGACCAAGCUGCCCUCAUGAUGGAGGAGCUGAAUCCCUACACCAAGAUCAGCCCAGCGCUGGGUGCAGAGCGGCACUCGGUGGGUGCUGUCACAGGCAUCGUCCUCCUGUUGUUCCUCAUUGUGGUGCUGCUGGGCCUGUUUGCUUGGCGCCGGCGGAGACAGAAAGAGAAAGGCCGUGACCUGGCUCCCCGUGUCUCCUAUACACCUGCCAUGAGGAUGACCAGCACGGACUACUCGCUCUCAGAUUUGUCUCAAAGUAGCAGCCAUGCACAGUGCUUUUCCAAUUCCAGCUACCACGCACUGGCGUGCGGGGGGCCUGCCACCAGCCAGGCCAGCACUCUGGACAGGAACGGCCCCACCAAGCUCAGUAACAAGUCCCUUGACAGAGACACAACAAACUGGACCCCUUACAGCUUUGUGAACGUGUUAGACUCCCAUUUCCAGAUCAGUGCCCUGGAGGCCAGGUACCCGCCCGAGGACUUCUACAUUGAACUUAGACACCUCAGCCGCCCUGCUGAGCCACACUCACCAGGUGCUUGUGGAAUGGAUAGACGUCAGAACACAUACAUUAUGGACAAAGGCUUCAAAGAUUACAUGAAAGAAUCCGUGUGCAGUUCUAGCACUUGUUCCUUGAAUAGCAGUGAAAACCCUUACGCCACAAUUAAGGACCCACCCAUUCUCACCUGCAAGCUUCCAGAAAGCAGCUAUGUAGAAAUGAAGUCGCCUAUGCACAGGGGGUCUCCGUACACAGAUAUGCCAUCCUUGUUGACAUCUAAUAAAAAUAUAUAUGAAGUUGAGCCCACAAUCAGUGUGGUCCAAGAAGGCCGCGGUCAUAACUCCAGCUAUAUCCAGAAUCCAUACGACCUACCUAGGAACAGCCAUAUUCCUGGUCAUUAUGACCUCCUCCCAGUAAGACAAAGCCCUGCCAAUGGGCCCUCCCAGGACAAGCAGUCUUAAGAGAGAGAAGCCUCUCUCUUGCAAUGUGUUCUGCUGAAUAUUCUGACUCUGAAAGAAGACAAUCCCUUGACUCGAAAUAAUGAUACAGACUGACUCCAGCUGCGUGUUAGUCAUUACUUUCACCUGGAACUAAAGAAGAACUUCCAAGUGGGACUGGGGUAAUUAUUCAAACAGUCUGUUCACAAAGGCAAAUCCUAUCACUCACCCACACCCAACCCCAAAUGCCCAGGAUUACAUGAUCUUUUAAAAACACUUAAGAUCCAGCUACUCAUCAACAUCAGCUAAAUAUAUAUAUUGAGAUACGUAAUUCUCUGAAACGUGAUGCUUAGGAAGCAUACAGCAUAGGUUUCACAAACCUUCCUGGGGGAAAAGGGAACUGGGGAGGGGAAAGGAUUCAAGAUCCUGAAAUGUAUGUGUUUUUGGUUGCUGUUACCCUCAACAUCUGUUUUAUUACCUAAGAUAAAUAGCACACAAACUGUGCUAAUAUCAAUCCUAAAGUACCUGUACAUCUAUGUCUGACCUGUCAAAUCACAACAGCCAAGAUUAUAGUAUACAGUCUAAUACUGACAACUUCAAUUUUUAAAAAAUAAGACUUUAAUAAAUACAAAUUAACUUUCCCUCUUCUGCCCUUCGUGGUAGUAGGAGGAGGAGUUUCCAAAGCGCAGUAGCCUCUUUCAGUCUAUAAUGAUUUCUAGGCCAGCUUUACCAAAUCUUGCUGAUUCAAAGUUUGAGAACACUGCCAAGUCAUUCCUAGCCUGGUCAUAGCUCCUCAAUCCAUCCAACACGAGUCAUUCCAUGUGAAACAGAAUUCUGAGAUGAUGCCUUUAAGCAAGCAGUCACAGACUGGUAAGAAUGAAGUAUCCCUAAAAGGCCUCCCAAAUUUAUUUGAUUGGCAUCCCUUAACUCAGAAGAGUACUUGCUUUCAUGCAUUUCUUCAUAAAUCUUGAGCUUGAUGUAGAAUACAACCCAAAAGUGUAGAAGAAAUUAGAUAAAAGUGGAUAUAGCAAGUUUAAAAGUUUAAUAAGCUGCUUAAAUUACAUGAUGCUUUUUGAUGGAACUAAAUGAAAAGAAUGGACUGUAAUCAGUUGCUGUAACAUGAUGUAAAACUUUACAGUAAACAGCAAAUAAGGAUAUGAAGUACUUCUACCUUAAAACCACCACCUACUGAAAUGGCCAAAAACAUAUUACAAUGAGCUAAUGCUCCAGAUCCCAGUAUUUAGACGUGUCUGUACCUUCCACUACUAACCAGGUAAACUGGGGCUCAGUUUGAGUCAAACUGGAGCCAACUCCCAAGCCCUAAAAAAGAGGACCUCCUCACAAGAAUUAAAGACCAGAAGGACAACCCGAGGAAACUAAUGGCCACCCCUACACCACUCCACUCUCUGGUAACAGCCAGCCAGUAAAAAAUACUUCCAAAAAGGUAAACAGAAGAGGAACUAAAUGACCGCAAAGAUGGAAUAGCAGCGACAGGAAGUGUGGGAGUCCUGAAGCCCUUGAUACAACCUGGAAGUCUGCCAUGGAACCCAUUAGUUGGGGCAAUGACCAGCAAAAGCAAGAAAAUAAACAAGUAAAUCCCCCUCCCUCACUUCACUCACGGCUUAAGCAAAUUUUACUGUUAGGGGAAAGCAUAGAAUACUUACAUGAAUGCUGCAUGUGUGCAUGGGAGCAAGUGAUCAGCAAUAGCAAAUUUCCUUUCCACAAAAGCCUUACGAAAUAUAAAUAAUAGAAAAUUCCUUUGUAGACCCAAGUAAAUAUUGCUCAUACAUAUGUAGAAAGAAAUAGAUAAGAGACUUACCUCAGUAUUUCAGGGCAGCAAGUGCUCAAUUACCUUUGUAAAGCAAGGAUCAAGAAGCAUGGCGAAGUCAGAUCAGCCAGAGAAACUUCAUCUCAAUCCCAGGCUUUAUCUUCUUCCCCUACCCUUCGUGUACAGUCACUGCUGCCUGGCACACUGCAAACAAGCAGCAUCAUGCCAGUUUCAAGUGUCGCCUCUUGUUUGCCAACUAUCUUAUGAGCAAAAUUUAGCAAGAGGGAGCAUGGUGGAACUGCUAAAGCAUGGGGUCAAGAGAUUUGAGUGUUACUUGCCCUCUCUGGGCUCCUUUCUUCCUCACGUAUCAAAAAGGAGAGAAGGAGAGAGAGGGAAGAAGCUCUAACAACCCUCUGGCUCUAGCAUUCUAUGACUGUUAAAGAAAUGUAAUACAAUUCAAAUUAGGCAAUAUAGAGAAGGGGAAGGCAGAGGGUGUGAUUCAUCUCUGGUGACAACAGCUGCCUUCACAGAUCUAAGAGUUACUGGUAAAAGACAUUUCAUUCUUACAGAGCAACUGUUAGGAACUUCUGUCUAGCACUGUCACACAUAGGUUCAUGGUCAACCUAAAUAUGUGUCUGUGCAUUUUGUUGGCAACUUGGAAAGAUCUGUUUAUUUUAAAGAAACCAGUUUUCACUCAAAGUAAUCUGCAUUCAAUUCAAAUGAAUAAAGGAAACACUAUUAUUGUACAAUAGCAUAAGUGAGACUAUGAAAUGGCAAUACUUUUUUAAAUAACCCAGAUUUGUAAUAUAUUUGUUCACUGUGCAAAGGGACCAUACCUUGUACAAAAUAAAAGGAAUUUCUCAAACUAAUUUAACAAGAAUGCCUACUGUUGUGUUGCACAUUGAAAAUGUGUCUAUAAUCUACAACUUAGGUUUAAAAGGUAGAACUAAACUACAUUUUGUGUGGUCACUUUAGGCAGCCAGAGAAGUGAAAAUUAUCCCAAUAGACACUUGAAAAUAAAGUGAACAAGUUCUAUCAUAUUUAUAACAAGAGUCUCUUCCUUUAAUGAAUGGGAUCAACACAUUCUUAUUCAUGUCUAAAAAUUAUUGAAAAAUCUCAUACACAUCAAAUGCUCAAAUAGAGAAUUUCUCUGCUUUCACAAAGAUUUAAACUCAAAGGCAACUAUUACAGCCUAUGCUCAGCUCCAGAGGCACAAAGGUACUUCUAUGGAAUGGAAUAAAAGCAAGUGAUGGGCCACCUAAUUUGCAUAAGUGCAAUGAAUAGCUCUCCACUAGUAGAAGUUAUCACCCAGUACGUUACUGUGGGUGCAUGUUUUAGGACCUUUUAAAACAUAACCUUAUGACCUCACUGGUAAAGAAGCAGCAGGAUUAAUUUUAUAGUAAAACAUGGAUGCUAAAAAAAUAGCUUACUGGAUGCUUUCAUAAGUGUAAGUUUAAAAUUCUUCCUUCAUACUUUCAAAGUUUGUACAUAAUCCUAUCUAAGUCAACCUAAGCCUUUCAACUUGUCAGUUCACAAAGCUUACAUGACACUCAAGUUAUUCCCAAUGUUUAACCAAGAAUAAUACAUUUUUGUUAGAGACUAAGACUCAUUCUGAAAUUAUCUUACUAAGACAAUUCUCAAGGGCUGGAGCUUGACAUCUCGGUGAAAGACAAAACAUGAUCAAGAGUUAUAAGGCUAACAAAGGUGUUUACUGAGAAUAGUGGUAUUAGAUUAUGACUCAUGAGGCUCAGAUUACUACCCAAUACCAUAAAGGAUAACCAAAGGCUGCAAGUUAUGCACUCAACACAGAAAAUUCAAGAAUGAUACAUUCUACGAGCCAUUCAUCUAACCAGAAGGCCGGCAGAAGAGGCCCAUUUAAUCAGUAUGUGACAACAGGAAACAGACUCUUUCUCAGAAGGGAUGGAUGGAUACAUAGGGAUUCAUUACACUGUCAUUUGUACUUCUGUAUAAUUAUUAUAUAGCAUUUAUAUAAUCAUUUUAUAUAACUUUUAAUUAAAGUAUUUUUUAGUCUGAAUGGUAGUUCUCAAGACUAUAGCUCCCCAAGCUAGACUAGAAUGAAUCCUAGGAUUAGCCCCCUCACUCUUUUAGAUGUUCCUUCUUUAUUGUUCUGACAUGGAAUAGCAGGGGGGAUAGGUAUUAGGAAUGUAAAUAUGAACAAUGAACAUUCCCACACUUAUGGAUCUUACAAUUUAGCAAUUACAAAAGGGCAGAGAUAAAUGCAGGGCCCUAGUGAUUAGUAGGGUACUGAUUAUACAUUUUCUUCCCUGACUUGCAGAGCUAGAAAGACUCGGACUCCAAUCCAAACCCACAGAAGGUGGAAGCCCUAGUCUGUAGCGAUGGGUUGUCAGAUUCCUUCCUCAAUUCCAGCUUCUACUUCCCAAGCCAUUGUCUAACCCAGCAGAUGGCCUUCCAGAGCCUUGGAGAGGAGAAAGCACAGGGACUGGAAAUCUUAAAAAUCCUAUUAUUUAGGAAUCCACUUAAAUGUAAACCAAAACCAGUAACUGAUGAUCCUAACAGAUCCUGCAUUGUGGGGUUCAUAUCAAAGAUAGUCUGCAGAAAUAGUAUUGCUUCCUGGGGCUUUCCAGACUGUCCCAUUUCAGGCAUAACCUUCUAUAAUAUUCUUAGGGCCAUAUGAUGAAAUACUUUGGCAUAGAGACUAAUACAAUGGUCAGCACGUCUGGGCGCCUGGGCGGCUCAGUUGGUUAAGCAACUGCCUUCGGCUCAGGUCAUGGUCCUGGAGUCCCGGGAUCGAGUCCCACAUCGGGCUCCCUGCUCAGCGGGGAGUCUGCUUCUCCCUCUGACCCUCUUCCCUCUCGUGCUCUCUGGCUCUCAUUCUCUCUAUCAAAUAAAUAAAUAAAAUCUUAAAAAAAAAAAAAAAAACAACGGUCAACAAGGAUCUGUCACUUCCCUAGAGAGAUUUGAGAAAAUGGUACCCUGAGACUGGAAUUUGUCAAGGGAAAUGAAUCUGAAAGCAAUACACUUACUCACUGGGAUGGGAAUAACAGGCAAGUUAAGUUCCACUGACUCAGAGAGAGAAAAGGAAUCCUACUGGCUACUAAUUUUCACUACCAUCACUGGUACUGGUAACAUAUAGUAGUUAACAGCAAAUAUAUAGAACAUCUGUGCUGGGACCUAUCGCUAAUGAUGUUAAAUAAUUGAUUUCAAAUGAUCAGACUACUAAACUAACAGCCAAAUAAUGCCAUUUAUAUCGUGUGUAUUUUGCCACAAAAACCUAUUCACUUGGAUUUAAUCACUGGUUCUCUCGGACAGCUAGCUCUAUGGACUGCUCUACCUUCUUAUAGACGCCUGUAAGAGAUGAUAGUAAAAAAUUAAACACAAGAUAUUUUUAAAAGUUCUCUCACCCAGACAUGAAUAUAUUUUAAAAGUAUAUAUUAAAAGCCAGCGGGAUUUUAACAAUAAAAGCCAAAACAAGCAGUUCUCAAUUUACAGUUGACAUAGCAGCCCCUCAAGUGCUCCUCCCCGCCAAGCAUGAUAUUUCGAUGCAUAUUUUUGAAAAUGACAGUCAUUUUGCAAAUGUUCUAAAAUCUUUCAUCUUAUGGAAUGAGGUUAACAUGGAAAUAGUAACAUUUCAAUCAAGUUAUAAGACCAAAAACAUUUUGCAAAGUGAUUUUUACUUAUCUAUUAAAUUUGAGUUCAAAUGUGUAAUAAUUUGGCUCUAGUACCUGAAGAGUUCGUUCAUAGAAUUGCUGAAUUGGAGCUGGGAUGAACCCCAGGAAUAAUCUAACCCAUUCCCCUAACUGGAAGAAGGUGAAGCUCAGAGAAAAUGACUAAAAGAUCUGUGACUAGAAUCCAAGUCUUUGUCACCCAACCACUCUUCUAUUAUACCUGCCACUUUCAAUCUAACUCAGUUUAGCAUACUUUCUAAUAUAUGCCUGGUAUCAAUGUCCUUUCAGAUAUUCUUUCUCUAUCCUCCAAUUCAAUUUUCAAUGAAAUGGAUGCUUCAAUUAAAAUGAUCUCAGCCUAUGAUCUCCUUUACAGAAGCUGUAAUGACAUUUUAUAUAACUUUAUUGUUACCCUUGGCCUCCUAUAGUUUGGGGAAAUACAACCAUUCUUUAAAACAUCCCAAUGACAACUUCAGUUUAUUUAGCAUAUCCUUUAGGUGAGUGGAAAAAGUGACCUGUCAAAUCCCAGCAAGCGUGUGGUACCAGCACCAACCCAACCAAGGUAACAAAAAUCAGCCCUCCUCUUUUUAGCACUAGCCUAUUAUGCUCCCCCAUUAAAGCAUGUGAUAGAAGAGGAUCCUUUCAUGGUCUUUGUUUUUUUUUCCCCCCCAUACAGGGAAUACAUGCCAUGCGCAAUCCUUAUAUAAAAUUCAUAUUUUGUGGGCACCUGGGUGGCUCAGUGGGUUAAGCGACUGCCUUCAGCUUAGGUCAUGAUCCUGGAGUCCCGGGAUCGAGUCCGGCAUCGGGCUCCUUGCUCAGUAGGGAGUCUGCUUCUCCCUCUGACCCUCUUCCUUCUCGUUCUAUCUCUCAUUCUGUCUCUCAAAUAAAUACAUAAAAUCUUAAAAAAAAAUUUUCAUAAUUUGUUUCGAAUUUUCUUCAGGCUUAAAAUGUUUGUGAGACAUCAAAUAACCAAUCUCUAUUUUCUUCCUGUGUUUAAAAAACAAAAACAAACAAAACUCCGUAAAUUGAAACCUAACAGGCUGGAAUAAGUUCUUAAUAUCAACCCAGGCUUUAAAUUAUUCUGCUUCUGGUACUGGCCAAAACAGCCUAAACAGUUUUUUUCUCUUUAAGGUAGAUGGAAGAAAUUAUGACAAUAGUCAAACCAUUGAGAGCAUUUGUAUUUUGUAAAUACAAGUCACUGAAGACAAAAUUAAAAUGUCCAUUUUCCCACUGAUACAAUAAAUAGGACAAGCUCUGAUGGACAAUCUAAACUCAAGAGGUCUAACUUUUCUGCAGAACCUUUCAGAACUUAAAACCGCUGGCCUAAGUCACCAGCUAGCACCCCUUCUAAGAAUUAGAAUUUAGCAUACACAAUGCAAUGGCUAAUGAUAACUUACCCCUACAGAGUUGUAACUACUAUUAUUAAAGAAAAAUCAUAGAUAGCACUUGAGACCAAUGGCAUGUUUAAAUCAAGUCAAGAAGGCUAACUGGCUUUUCAGAAUAAGUUAAAAAAAAAUUCAGUUAAAAUGACUGAAAAGCAGGGUCAAGCGGCAAAACACUUCUAAACUACCUUGAGCCCUACAUUGUCAUAUUUUAAAACUUAAUGUUUCUUACUUGAGACAGUUUGUCUCCUGAGAUACUAUUCAGAAUGAAGACACUGUUAAGAUGCAAUCAAAGACAUUUUCUACUACUACUUAAAGGGUUCUUGGAAUUCUCCCAAGAUCCAACCAUGCCCACAGCAACUUUAAGUCUAUACUUGAUACAAAUUCAAAGUUACUCAUUUUCAAUUCACCACCUAGAGUUUCCUUCU